ACAGGGUUUAAAAUAUACUUCGCUCUCAAAGGAAGCCUCGGUCGCACCUUCAUUCCGUCCUCUAGGCGUCGGUCACACUGCUAUAAAAAUCCCAUCGUUCCCCACUCACAACCCAACCCGGUCCACUAUCCAGAUCCAUAUUCUCUAUCCUGACUCUGCUCCUGCGAUCACCAACCCCAAUCCAAGGCCAACAGCAACAGGGAAAUCAUGAGCGCCAUGGUCGCGUCGUCGCUCAACCCUGAGGCCCCGCUCUUCAUCCCGGCAGCGUUCCAGCAGGUGGAGGACUUCUCGCCGCAGUGGUGGGACCUCGUCAAGUCCACCGCCUGGUUUCGCGACCACUGGUACCACCAGCACCAGCAGCUCGACGAUAUGGCCGAUUCCCUCAUCGCCUUCGAGGCCGAGGACGCCAUCGACGACGACCUCUUGCACGGCUUCGCCGUCGAGGCUUCGCAGCCGCAGCCGCCAGCGGCACUCAAGACUGACGGGGUGCUCAAGGCGCUGAGCCUGGCAUCCCCAAGCCCAAAGGUCGGCGACGCCCUGCGUGUCUCCUCGGAGAAGCCUAGGUACACCGAGAAGCCCACCAAGUAGCUGGCAGCCCGAGGAGCGGUGGCGCACCGCGUUUCAUCCACCAGCCUCGCUAGGUUGGGAUGUCAAGCUUCAAGAAUCCACCAAAUCCUGCGCCUUGUGUCAUGCAGUGAUGCAUUGCUCUGGCUGCUGCCGCCGUCUCAUCUUUCAAGUCUUCUUCUAGUACUCGCGCCCAGUAAGUAGUGGCGUCCGUUUGUAUAUUAUAUUAAGUAGAAAUGAAAUGACCCAAGAAAAAGGCAACAAAAUGCAACCGAUGUUUAGUGUGAUUUGCCUUGUAAGUUAUGUUCUGCACAGUGUGUUGGACAAGAAUGUAUAGUAGAAUGCAUCCUUGUUAUUGCGUGGCCAAGCAGCUUAAUGUUAAUUACUCCGUUAUUUAGCCUUUUCUAAAGAUAAAAUGCGUCGCUGUUGGUUGUUGA